AUGUCUUCAAAAGUGAACUCGAAACCUGCCACCUGCGCGGCGUGCAUUAAACCACUCCCUAAAAAUGAAUAUUUGCAAUGUUCGUGUUGCAAAGCUGUUUAUGAUCUGGAUUGUAUUAAUAUGAGCAGUCAACGUUUCCACUCAUUCUAUGCAUUGAAUAAGGAUCGUAAAAAUAGUUGGAAAUGUCCGGAAUGUAUCAGUAAACAACCUAAAAGAGGUAACCUCAACACGCCUGUUCGACCUACUGUGCAGGUUCAAGAUGACGACGCUAGUGCAUCACCGGAGAGUCCUACUAAUCAAGGAAAUCAAAAUAUUACAGUACGAUCAAAAGUUAAAAGUCCGAAAUUGUCCACUAACAAGGAAAUUAUUACAUGCGAUUUGAGCUACUCUGACUUCUCAGACAUUGAUUUCAAGCAAUUAGUUAUGGAGGAAUUGCGCGCUAUACGAUUAGCUGUUACAGGGCUUACCAGUGCUAUUGAAUCCCAAAAUUUGAGGUUGAACGUCUUGGAAGCAAAAAUGGACUCUUACGAAACCAAAAUGUACGCGUGUUUGAAGAGACUUGAGCGCAUUGUGGCGUCGCCGCCGCCUUGUCUCGUGUAA